AUGAGCUGGGUGGUUGAGGUUGAUCAUGACCUCGAAAAGAUGGGCGAUGCUUCAACAGGGAUGGAGCCUCUCAAGAAAAAGUCCAUCUACAGAGUACCAAGCUUCAUUGCAAAUCUAAACAAGGAAGUCUACAGUCCUCAUGCAGUCUCAUUCGGUCCUUACCAUCACAAGGAAGUCUACAGUCCUCGUGCAGUCUCAUUCGGUCCUUACCAUCACGGUGAGGCUCAUUUGGAACCAAUGGAGUGUCACAAGAAGCGUUCUCUUCUUCAUUUUCUUAAGAAUAGAGCAAGCUUUCCUCUAAAACUGAAAGACAUUCUUGAUUCCUUCGCCCAAGUGGAAGAAGAGUUGAAAGAUUCAUAUGACUCACUUGAUCCUAAGUGGCAAAGUGACUCAAGUGACAAAGAAGGGUUCUUGAAGCUGAUGAUUAUUGAUGGCUGUUUCAUGCUGGAAAUAUUCCGGGCAGCCAUUAAAACUCCGGACGAUUAUCACUCCGACGAUCCGAUUUUCAGCAAACACGGGAAGCUCAAUAUCAUGCCGUUUAUCAAGAGGGACAUGUUGAUGCUGGAAAAUCAACUGCCCAUGCUUGUUCUUGACAAGCUUCUGGCAAUUAGUAAGAAUGGUGACGAGUCCAUCAACGAGUUGAUCCAUAAGUUCUGUAAUCCCGACUCUCGUGACAUUCCUCCACCGACGGGAAAAUGCUUGCACGUACUUGAUAUGUUUCGGAAAAGCCUGUUCAUGAAAUCCACCGCCACCACCCCCAUGACCGGCACCAGCGCCGGCAGCGAUGCCAGCAAAAAAGAUAAGCAUCGGGACGAAUUAAUUCCGAUCACGCGAUCCGCAACCGAGUUGAACGAAGCCGGUGUCCGAUUCAAGAGAAUAAAAAAAAGUCCGAGCAUCAAUGACAUCUCAUUCAAAGGAGGAGUACUGAGCCUCCCCACCUUCGUAAUCGACGACACCACAAAAUCGACAUUUUUGAACAUGAUAGCUUUUGAACACUGCCAUGUUAGCGCCGGCCAUGAGGUGGCCUCAUACAUCUGGUUCAUGGACAACCUCAUCGAUACCUCUUCUGACGUCAGGUUUCUUCAGGGCAAAAGGAUCGUUCAAAAUCUCAUCGGAAGUGACAAAGGUGCAGCGAAUCUGUUCAACACAAUCUCUAAUGACUUGACGAUAGAUCCAGAGAGUAAGCUGGGGUCGGUGAAUUUGAAGAUGAGUUCGUACUGCGAGAGGAGGCGGAACAGGUGGCGAGCCAACCUGAUACAUACUUACUUCACCAAUCCAUGGACUCUUAUCUCCGUGGUGGCCGCCGGUGUUCUUUUUGGUCUCACCAUAGCUCAGACUGCCUACGGCGCUUUGCAAUACUACCAAGGCUAAGGGUGAGAAGUGAGGAAUAUUACCCACUCACACUUUAAUUUAUUGAACUAAUAAAUCACUGUUAUCGCUUGAUUUAGUGCUCGAUUUUCG